AUGACAGAUCUAACGCGGCAUUUCCAAUUUAUGUCAACGGCCUUGUUUGUAGGCUACAAAGCAUUACUAAAUAACGAGACUCCCGUAUCUUGCAUCGUCACCAAAGACGAUGAAGUUCUAAGUAUAGGCUACAACUACACAAACAUUUCCUUAAAUGGAACCAAACACGCCGAGUUUAUCGCACUAGAGCGACUCAAUGGGAGUGCUGACUAUAGUGAGCUCACUUUGUAUGUUACCGUUGAGCCAUGUAUAAUGUGUGCGUCCUAUCUCCGACAAUUGGGAAUCGGUAGAGUAUUCUAUGGGUGUGGAAACGAUCGCUUUGGUGGUAACGGUACUAUACUCCCUAUUAACACGGAUGAAAAGUUGCCACACAAGACUUAUUCCAGUAUAGGAGGAAUCUGCAGAACGGAAGCGAUCCAGUUGCUUCGCAACUUUUACAUUCAGGAAAAUGAAUCAGCACCAGUGCCCAAAGUGAAGAAGAACAAGAAUAUAGAGGAGAAGGAAUUUCCAGCAAACACAACCAAUUUGUCAAAAGCUGAAUUCAUUGAUUUCUAUGGAGACACAAGAUGGGAGGCAUUCACAGAUGGACAGGAAAUAACUCCGCUCAUUGGAGAAGGGUAUUUUAUUCGCAACUUUAUCAAUAUUGACGACGUGAAAAAGAUACCGUAUUUGGAGCAAGAGCUAGGGGUGAUAGAUUCCAACCAAAUAGAGGCAUUUUCCUCCUUGUUCUAUGAAAUAACCGCCAACGGGCACGUCAACUACGAACAAUCUGUAGAUAAGUAUCUCCACAAGAAACGUAAAACUAAAUAG